UUUGUGCUAGGAACUGCUGCACUUAAAAGUCAGCUCAACAACACGUUGCUGCUAAACCUUUCAGGAUACCACGCGGAAACACAUAACCAUACAGUUCUAUGUGUACCUCUACAUAUAGAUACGUCAGUUCGUGGUUGGUUUUUGAGCGAGAAUUAAGCAAAACAAGACUGUUAAAUUAGGUUAUUUGUCUGAGUAAGGUUAAAAUGUUUGUGAUAAAGCAGUGAAAGAUUGUUCCAGUAUAAAACAGCGUUUCCUUCUCUAACGAGUUGAAUAACAGUGCAUAAAGGCCUACAGCUACGCUCGAAGGGGACUUUGCGUGGACUGUUCGCUUAUGUUUCAUCCUACAUUAUUAUCCAGUUUUGUGAGUAGAUUGUGUACCCUAUAAUGAUCCCACUGAAACAUAUUUCUACUAAUGAAAGUGCAGGGGAAGGAGAUGAAGAAGAACAGCCUAAGUGUGACCCAUCUGUUAAUUUGAUUGAUGCACGGGAGCUUACAGAAACUCAACAGAAAGCUUCAAAACUCCUAAGACAGCCUGAAGGGAUCACAGGUUCAAGAAAACUUGGAAAGGGCAGUGUUAGUUUUUGGAGAAAUUGUGCUUAUGAGAAAGAGGGUCGGCCAUUCAUUCUGGUUGAACACGAUGUUUCAAUGGACGAUGUUGGAGAAGUGUUGCAUAAGGAAUGGAAACUUUGUAGUCCUCGGAUUGUUUUGGUCCUAGUUUCUAAUGUGAAACCUCUCAUUGGUUGGAAGAAUACUAGGAAACUUAAUAAUUUUCUGAAGGGUUUAGUCACAGCAGCAAAUACAACAAACAUGUGGAUUAUGACUCAUGGAGCCAACAUAGGAAUAGUCAAAGCUGUUGGAGAUGCUCUUCAUGAAGAAACUCUUCAUCGUCAAUCCUUAUUCUGUCAUAAGCAUCCUAAUCUGUCUGUUCCUAUUCCAACACCUCUAACAGUCAUUGGUGUUAUUAGGGAAGACAUGGUUGAUUAUGCAGAGAUCCUUAAUGAGUUAGGACGUGUGGAGAUUGAGAAUGAUGGAAACCGACCAGAGGAAAACAAGUAUGAGCUGAAUCCAGACCAUUCACAUUUUAUAGUUGUCAAGGAUAAGAGUGUUGAUAAAAUAGGUGGCAACCACUUCUUGUAUCGUUUAGAACAGUACAUUGCUGACACUGAGGAGCUAAGAGAAGUGGAAUUAGAUGGAGAUGCUGUAAUGACAUUUGAUUACAAGUUUCAUGUGGAAGGCUCAGAGGUUCCUGUAAUAGCAAUUUUGGUGCAAGGAGGAUAUGACUGUGCACGUAUUAUCAUGCAGCACUUAAAAAACCAGCUUCCUGUAAUGGUGAUCCAAGGAAGUGGAGGACUUGCUGACCUAAUAGCCUACUCAUACUUGGAACUUAAGCACAGAACUCAGGGAAGAUGGGAUCCAGAAUUUGUAGAAAAUUUCUUGAAGCCAGAAAUUUCUACAAAAAUUGCAGAAAACUUUCCAAGACUUAGAGAAAAUAGCAUAGCUAGAAAUAUCUUCAGAGACAGGAUACUAGAAUGUACACGGUAUUCAAAACAAGGUCAACAAACGUAUCUGACUAUCUUAAACAUUCAUAGCCACACUUGUGACCUUACAAACUUGGAUGAAAACAUCCUUAGGGCUCUCUUCAAGUCUCAGCAGUCUGAAGUGACAAAAUGGUAUGAACAAAUGGAGAAAGACCUCCAUCUCACCAUUGAUUGGAACAGUCCUCAAGUAGCAUUAAAUGAAGUGUUUGCAAAAGAUCUUACCAAUAAAUUCAAGGUUUCCAAAGAAAUAUUUGAACAGGCAUUACUUCGUCCAGAUCGUGAAAGAUUUGUAAAUCUCUUCUUGAAUGAAGGUUUCAAGCUUCACAAGUAUUUAACACCCAAGCGACUCAGGAGUUUGUUUCUUCGAGUUCAGGAUCAGGAGUUCUUCCAAUCUGUCUGUUGGGAAGGAGUUCUUGGUCAUGGAAUGCUGGUAAAGAUUGGAAAAAACUUCCUUGAAGAAGACUUGAACUGGCUUAUUGAGACAGCAACUGGUUUUCCAAAAUUUGUUUGUUCUCAGGAACUUUCUGUAAAUGCUGUAGGCAUGUACACUGUUAGUCCUGCUGCAGCUGAGAGGAAAGCCUUGACUCUUCUGACAAUGUGGGCAAUCUUCACAAACCGAAUAACACUUGCAGAAACUUUAUGGCAGAACUCGGACCAACCUAUCCAUUUGGCUCUUGUUAUUUCUAAGAUGUGUAAUGAACUGAAAAAUUACACUUCAGAAUCAGGCUACAAAUUAGAAAUGAAAAAAACAAGGAGAAAGUUUUCUGAAUUGGCGAUUGGAGUUCUAGACAUUAGUUAUAAGGAAGCAACUUGUAGAUGUUUCGAUGUUCUCAGUGAAGAGAGCCCAGAUUGGUCGUAUAAGACAGCAGUGGAACUUGCAGCAGAUGCCCAAAAUCGGACAUUUUUAUCUCAUCCUUGUUGUCAGAAGUGGCUGACAUGGUUGUUUUUGGGCAACAUUCGUAUCAGGGAACUUACCUGGGGUUUCAUGAAGCUGCCACAGUGGUUUAAGGUAUUGAUGUGUGCAUUCUUCAUCUUUCCCAUGUAUUUUUGGGUGAGGUUUAAAACUGAUUCAGAAGAUUGUGAGGUACUCUCUGGUGAUUAUGCUAUAGAUUCAGACAAUGAGAAGGAAGGUGAGUCUGAAGGGCUGAUUGAUCGACGUUCCCAAUACAGAACAAACACAACUCGUGUUGGGUCUAUAAUCAGAAGUAGAGAAGAUGAGAAAGAGUUGGAACAAGAACCAUCGACUGUUGUCACAGUCACAUAUCCACCACUGUGGAGAAUGAUUUACCUCAUGUGGAGUGCUCCUGUCACCAAACUGUGGACAUUUCAGGUUUUUUACAUGACUUACCUUGGGUUGUUCAGCUUGGCUGUCUUGUGGCCCUCUUGUGGAAACUACUAUUUAGACAUCACUGUUUGUGCAUGGACAUCCCUCAUGGUUGUGGAAACCAUUAGGCGGACAUACCGUUUGUACAGGAAAUACAGCAGCAUUCCCUUGUUCCUGAAAUGUUGUGAAAUUUUGCUAAUAAUAGCCUUCAUCUGUCUGUACGCAAUGGGUCGGAUCUAUCAACUUGGAGCCUUUUAUGAUCCAUACAGUGGAAAGGUGCUUUUGUGUCUUGGUCUCCUGUACUUCUAUUAUCGACUCAUUGCUAUAUAUCUUCCAAUAUCUCCAACUUUAGGACCUCUCCUGUAUCGAGUGAGAUUAAUGGUAACUGUGGACUUCAUAAACUUUAUGCGAAUGACCUUACUUGUGAUUAUAAGUUGCGGUGUAGUUAUACAUGCAACUAUAUACCCAGAUUAUCCACUCACUAGUGAACUUUUUCGACGUACAUUUCACAGAGCCUGGUUUUCUAUGUUCCUAACACCAAUUGCUGAUUUAGAGGCACAAGAUAGGUGUCAUUCCUUGUGGUUCUACAGGAACAGUUCUGAUACAUGCCAUGUUGGGAAUUAUAAGGAUUAUACUUGUCCUACCACUGGUGUUUGGCCGUACAUUUUCUCCAUUCAGUACUUUAUCCUGUUGAAGCUAAUUCUUCUUACUCUUUUAUAUGCUAUUUUCAGUGCAACUGCAUCCAAAAUACAAGAUGAGACUGAUGCCAUAUGGAAGUUUCAACGUUAUCAGCUAGUUGUUGAUUUCGCAAACCGACUUAGACUUCCAGCCCCGCUUAGUAUUUUCAGCUAUCUUGCUGGACUUGGUGAAUGGAUUUAUCAUGGUCUGUGCUGUAUUAUAUGUAGGAAGACUUCUGAUACUACUGACAAACCGGAAGGAGGUCUGUUUGGCAAGGAUCUGGCUGGACUUCUCCAGGACAAAGACUAUAAUUACUGGAAAGAACUGGCUCAAGAAUACUGCAGAUAUCAAGAAGAGAAGAUCAGAAAUAAUGAUAUACCAAAGAAACAGAUGGAACUAUUAACUACGAUAGCUGAAGAUGUUGACUAUGAGAAGAAAGUUAUGACACAAAUUAGGGGACAAAUGAGAGAGCUAGAAAGAAUGAUGAAUCAAGCCCAAGUCUUCUUGGAAGACUUGAAGAAAAUGUCACAAAAGGACGAAUCUCUUCAGAUUUCCCUUCACUACCUUGCUCGACAAAGCCCUUACCAAGGUACUGCUGUUCAACGGUUUCCAGUUCCAGACAAGUAUGUGGCAUGGGAGGUUUUAUGGGUGGAGUACGACCCAGUUAUAUAUUCACAGCACCGUUCACAAUUUCCAGUUUAUCUUCAUCCAUUUGUUGAUGACGAUAUAUUGCUCCUUCUCAGAUCUAAAUGUGCCAUUCCUGUCCUUAAGUGGAACUCUUUGUCAGUUAAUGCAGCAGGCUUUAGUAUUGACAGACAGUCUUGGAUUCUAGAUUCUGAUGGAAAAUCUUUGGUGUAUAGAUUAAAUGGAGAAGGACUUCCUGUAAAUCCACUUGGACGAACUGGCCUCAGAGGCAAGGGUGCUCUACCUCGCUGGGGGCCAAACCAUUACAUAUUUGUUGUCAUCACACGAUGGCAGAAAACCACAUUGCUAGCAAAAGAUAGCAAUAGUUUGGAGUUUAUUGCCCUCUUUACAGCUGACCAAAAUCACAUUUCCUUACCAGGGGGUUUUGUAAGUGGAGAAAACAAAUUUGAUGUUGUACGUGGACUUUUUAAGUCAGAAGCUGAAAGCAGUUUCCCAUGGAGAAGUGUUGAAGAUAUGAUGCAGUAUUUUGAGAGUUGUGUUACAUCCUCCAAAAGUGAAGAGAGUCAGUCUGGUGUGAAAUGUGAAGUUGUUGAACGUGGAUAUAUGGAUGACCCCUGGAACACUGACCAUGCUUGGCGAGAAGUUGAAUUAUGGAGUAUUCAUUAUGAAAAGGAAGAAGAAAUUGCUGAGAAAUUACAGAUGAAUUUGAGCUGGAGAGUAAUCACAGAAGAUGUAUUCGUGAAGCUACCAAUAGGACAAGCCAUGCUACUUCAGAAGAUAACCGAACUUUAUCGUCCACUUGUUCUGUAGUUGAAAAAACAACUUAGACUGACUUUUUAAACUAUGUUUCCAUUUAUUGCUGAUAGAAAGAUUUCUUCAAUGUUUUGUGAUAGAUACACAAACUUGUUUCUACCAGAGACUGAUGCAACAUUUCAUCAAUCGGUGAUAGUUUUGUUAUUAAUUAUGUUUUAGAAAAAGUUUCUGGAGCUAAAGCAGUUAUCAAAUACAAUGAAAAAAAAAACGUAAUUUAAUUACUUAGAAAAUAUUGAACAUAUGGUAGGUAUGGAAGUACUCUUUUAAUUAAGUAAUUGGAGUGGGGGGUUAUGUUUUAAAUUAUUCCAUUUUUAGAUUAGAAGUUGUGCUGGUUUAUUUAUUUAUCUUAAAUAUAAUAGAAAAGGAGUAUUAAUAUUUUGUCAUUGUUCUUCUAAGUCAUUCAAUGCCAAAAAUAUUGUUUUUAUUAUAAUAUAUCAGAAAACCAGUGGGCAUUUUUAUGGAUUGUAUUUCUAGCCUGAAUGGUUUUAUAGCUUCAAGAAUUCAUUAGAAUGGACUAAUUUUUUGUUUUAUUAUUUUAAAAAAUGUUGUUAAAUUUAUUGAAGUUGACCAUCUAUAUUUACUUGUAUCAACUUGUCUGAAAGUCAUACAAAACUUGGUUAAUCUGAGGAAAAAACCCACCAAAACGUACUAUGUGUAAUGCUAAAUUAUAAUUUUUUAUAAAGGUGUUCUAUCUAAAACUUUGAAAGAGCUCAUCAUGUGCAUAAUAUUUCCCAUUAAAGUAAGUUAUUAAAUGACCAAGAAUUGUUAAAUCAUUGCAGUUUAUCACUUUUACAAACAGUUUAUUGAAGUAAAGUAAGAAUAAAAAACCCAAAGAAAGGGAAGACAACAACAUGAAUUUCAGGUUGGUACUUCCCUAGUUGGUUUACCACAUAAUUUUGAGGGAGUGAUGCAUUAGCUUAUACAUUCUAGACCCCAAAUGGAGAAAAAGAGAACUAAUACGAUUAUUUUUCAUUCAAACUUGGAUUUUUAAUAUUCUGUCAGUGUUAAGUUUACUUUCUGUCAUGUGUAGUUACUAUUGAUGAUACAUUAUAGCUUUUAAUUAACCUCUUUUUGGAUGGAAAAUAUUGUCUUGAAACAUUUUUAUUGUUCCUUUAGCACUAUUGAAAAAGAUAGUGCGACAUACCUGGUAAGUUAUUUUAAUAUUUUUAGUUUUUUUAAUUCACUUUCUUCACUGAAAAACUUGCAUAUUCAUCUGAAACAAUUUAGUUUAUCUUGUUUGUUUUAAGUUUAUGAUGGAAUUUAAAGAUCUACAAGUUACAAGAUAAUACUUUCAUUAUAAGUGAUAUUAGGUUACAUUUUACAUGUGAUAAUGCAUGAUUUAAUUCAUAUGUGCAAAAUGUCUUCUGUAGCUUAAAAAAUUGUAAAUUCAAAUGAAAACUUUAUUGAAUUACACUAUUGUUUUGUUUUUGUGUAAAGGACCAUAUUCUGGUAUCAAUAAUAUAGGAUAAAAUUCAGCUAAUGAUUCAUUAUUUAUUCUAGCAGUGUAAUGGAGUAAAACAGACAGCAGCUACAACCAGGGUCAAACAAAAACAACUUAUUAAACUUUUACAACCACAGAAGUUCAAAAUAAAACUUUCAAACAGUUGGGAUGUAAAGUUUAUUGCUUACCAAAAACACAGUUAGUAAAUACAUUCCUGUCCAAGACUUGAUUUAAACAUAAUGAACAACACAACAUAUAUAUAUCAAUGUUAACAGUUACUGCAAUAAAUAACAGAAUCAGGAAAAACCUAAUUCUAAAUUAACAAUAUUCUGAAUUUAAACAAAAUCACUAACAACAUCGAGUAACAAUCAGAAAUAAUACAUUUGACCUAUAUCUCAUGAACUAACUUGUAGAAGUUUGUGGCAGGGCUUUUAUUUAGUCGUUAGACCACAAUGUUACGUCUCAUGUGACUAGCUGUUACCAUAAAUUUACAUAAUCUUUCACAACUUUAAUAUAUGUACAUCACUGGUGUCAGUUUCAUAAUACAUAAUUACUAAAAAUCAAUGUGAUCAGCUUUAAUAUAACUAAAAAUUCAUAGCUAAACUAAAUGAUGGAAAGAAUAAUAAAUGAAUGGUAAACAAAACCAUAACAAAAUAAAAACAGAAUCUACUAUCUCUUAACAGUUUCAUGCAACACUUUUCUUGUAUCUGAAAUUAAAAAAAUAAAGUCAGUUUAAGCUUGAAUUAAUUUAAAAACUAGUAAUUAGCAGUAGUAAAAUGAAACAUCAAUAAAAAUUAGAGAUUAGUGAAACAAGUAAUAACAAUAGUAAUGAAAUAUUAACAAUGAGAUAAAUAUAACAUUAAUGUACUGGAUGUAGUUUAAUAACAAGUAGAGAAAUUUUAUGAAAGCUUUUACUAUCUUAAUAAGAAAAGUUUUAGUGCUCUAAAUUUAAAUGACUUGAUGCAUUCAGGUUUUUCUGUAUUUGAUAUUGUUAUGUUGUUGUUUGUCAACUUUACCAGUAUUAGUUGAACAAUUGUGGCAAAUAUUUUAGAAGAAAUAUGCAUAAAUUUGCCAGUAGCUCCUGGAAAAUUAUGUAAUUUCAAAAACAAUCUUACUCUUUGGAUUAUAAUUCUAGUUUUUAACCCCUUCAUGCCAGAAUUUUUUGGAAAUGAGCUAAAAAAGGUAGUUUUUUUUUUUCUUAUUUCACAUUUUGAUAGACUAUUGUAAUACAUGAUAGCAUGUGAAUAAGUCCUGGUAAAUAAUAAAAGACAUAGCAAGUAAUGUUUUGCUCUGACAAAUGUUUUGAAAUGUGGAAAUGAAAGUGCCCGAGUUAUCUUGAACAAAUACUGGAAGGGGUUAAUCUAUAUGUGAGUAUGCAAUUUGUAAGACUUGGCUCUAGCUGAAGGCUUUAGCAUAGUAAUUCAAGUGAUAAUCUAACUCAAUUUUAAUUAAACCAAAAGUAACUCAUUACUGAGCUGGGUUAUUUUCAUAAAUGAAUUUUUUACAGAACUUAGAUGUGCUAAUUUAUUUCUGUUGAUGAAACUUGUUACUGUUAGAUUUUGAGGGGCUAAAAAAAAAAUCUUAACUAAUGAUUUUUCCAAUCUUAAAUUGUUAUAUUUUCACAACGAAUACAAAGAAUUUUAUGUAGCUAAAAAAAACAACAAAUGGCUCAGCAGUAAGUCUGAAGACUUAUAAUGCUAAAAACUGAGUUUCCAUACUUGUGCUGGGCACAUCACAGAUGGACGAUUUUGUAAUUUUGUAUUUAACAGCAAACAAGUAGAUGAAACUAAAAAAAAAUUGCUACAGAUGUUGCGAUUUUUUUUGUGUAUUAUUCGUGAUAUAUGAUUGUAAACUUUGAGUAAAGCAUUAUAAGAAUUGUAUUAUAAAAUUAAUGAAGCCUUUUUUUUUUUUAAGUAUGCAAAAUUGUUAUAAUUCCUCAUAAUGUGCCUUUAGAAUUAUUUAAGUUGUAGAAAACAGAUAAAUGCUUUAUAUUGUGCCUUUGAAAUUUGUAAAUGUUUCUUCAGUUUGGGUAGAUUGUGUUUUAAUAGUGCCAUUGUCUUUUGAGCAAUUUCCCUCAAAGGAAUUAUUAUGAAAAAUUAAAAUACUCUAGAACUAAGGACUUUUUUAAUCAUGAAAAAUUUUGAAAUUAAGUGGUGCUAUAUGUAAGACUCUUGAGCAAGGCUUGAUAUUUUAAAAUUUCUUAGCUUGUGUUAUGUACAAGUUUUUAUUCAAAGUCUCAACUGUAAGUCUUGCAGAUUUAAUAUACUACCUAAUUUAUAUCAGUUGUGUAUGUAUUAAAAAUAUUCAUUUUGAUAGAUUUUACUCAAUUUUCUGUCACGAUAACAAUUGUCUUUUACAUGCAUUAAGAGUGAAAUAUUUAAAAUAAAGUUUAAAUCCACUAUUACAGAAUAAAUGUAUAGAGAUACAAGCUUUGACAUUUCACAUGGUCUCUUCAGUCUGAAAAGGACAUAUAAAAGUGUUCAACUGGUAACUGUAUAAGCUUGGUGUUGUUCUGUAAUAGUAUAUUUAAACUUUGUUUUAGCUUGAUUUGCACAUUAUUGUGCACUUACCUACUAUUAAACUAUAAAUUGUUAUGAUUCUAUGUGGAAACUAAUAUAAUGGUAGGGUUUCUUUUUGUGCUUGUUAUGAGAAGUUUAGUUUUAUGUAAUCCCUUUGUUGGGGAGGAAGGGGUAGAGGACACUAAAUGAAUGUCUCCAGUAAUAUGUUUUUGAAAAGUUAUGGUUAAAUAAAAACUUGCAGAGUGAAAUAAAAAAUUUGGUUUUGGAACUUA